CAACGGUCAAAAUUUCAAAAGUUUUGUAUUUCCAUAACCGUUUGGCUCUCCUCAUAUUCUUUCUGAAUCUCAUUCUAAUACUUACGAGGAAGACAGACAGAGUUGUAAAACUUUACAGUUUACACAAUCAAUCAAAUCAUGAAGUGCUUUCUACUUUGUUUUUCUUCUUCCAAACGUCAAAACCACUUUUCUUCUAAACCUGCUUAUGUUACCAUUCAACCCACACACCAUGAAACCGACCUUGAAGAAUCCAUCCAUUGGAUAUCACAAUCUAAAAUAGAAAAUGAACAAGAGAAAUCUCAAUGUGUAAACAAUACUACUGGUGAUAUUGAAACAAAGGAAAAAACAUUGAAGGAAGAGAAAAUAACAACACCUCAAUGUUGUAUAAUUGAUAACCAUGUAGAAGAAGAAGAAGAGUGUUCAGAUUCACUUUUUUCUGUUUCCAUUACUUGUGGAAAACCAGUUUCAAUAGAAGAAAAUGAAGUUAACAGUAAUCAUGCAAAAGAUGAAUCAAAGAGUGAAGAGCAACCAAAUGAAGCCAAAGAUUUGGAUGAAAAAACAAGACCGAUGAAUCAAUCUAACCUUGAUCUUUAUAAUGAGAAGACAGGGGAAAAAGAAGAAAGGUACUCAGAAUCCUCUUUGUUUUCUCUAUCAACUGAUUAUAAUAAUAAUUGUAGAAAAAGAAUUUCAUUUUCUUCGAGUGAAGGAAACAAUGAUGAUGAUGCUUGCUCCUCAGUGUUGAAUCCAAUUGAGAAUUUUAGCAGUCAAGGGAAGAUAGCCAUGAAAGUGGCCAAAGCAACAGUGUUGCAUUCUGGAAAGAAAGAUAAAGAAAACAUGAAUUGGAAUCAAGCAGAGACUAGUUUGAAGGUGUUAUCAUCAAUUUCUAGUUGGUUGGUUAAAUCAGAAAAUGAUACACCAAAAAAUGUAUGUAGUAAUGGUGAGGAUAGGCAAAUUUUAGGAGCAUUGAAAGUUGAAGAGAUGAAGAAGUAUAGUUCUCCUCCUCCUAAUAAUGUGUCAAUCAAAUCUUCUACAAGUCUUCUUAGUCCUGAAGAAACACCUAUCAUUGGUAAUCAUUCAGAGCAGACAAGGUCUUCCAAAUCCAACAAACAUGGAAAGGUUGGUGAACUCAAUUUUGUUACUUCCUCCAUUUUACAAUCCUAGUUAACUAUUGGUAUUAGAAUAUAAUAAUGACUUUGAAGUGAUGCACACAGUAUUCAUGAAUGAGGGUGAGCAAACUUCAACAACAAUAAUAAAGACCAGACUGAACCUGCAUUUGAAGCCUAUAUGUGGUAGACAGGCACAAUUUUUUUGAUUCAAUUGUAUUAUAAUUUGAUGCAUAGAUGAUUCAAAUAAAUAAUGAGUAUAUGUAAAAAUGCCUUUUGCUUUAGUACGAUAAUGAAAGCUAUGUCUCCAUUUGUUCUA